AUGACAAUUAAUCGUAGUAUGAAAUAUUCGAGUAAUGGUAUUGUUGCUUUCUAUUCAAAUUCUUACAAACUUAAAGUUCUAGAUUUUAGAGUGUUGUGUGAAGGGAGGGGUUGGGGUAAUCGAUUUUAA